GACAACCGGGGGGAAUCCGGGGCGCGGGUGCCCCGCUGGGAAAGUUUCCGCGGGUUCGGGAAGGCGCCGCUGCCGAGAGGGGUGAUGCAAGGCAGGAGGCGGUCCCGCAGUCUCGGGGCGGCCUCAGGACGGUGCUCUCUCCCCAGUCCCGUCCCGGUGGCCUCUCCCGAGGGUCCGCUCCCCGUCCGGAAUGCCCAGCUUCGCGCCGCUGCGAUGCAGCGUUUGUGCGGGUGUGACCCUCGCGGGGCUCCGGGUGACUCAAUGGCCCCUGGAGGGUCUGGUGCCUGCGUCCUCCUCUCGGAGGUGCAGGAGGUGCUUUCCGUGGUGUUUACAUAAUCCGCUGCUUGCAGAGGUCGAGGGUGGGUGGGGAAUGGCCGCGAUGGAGCACCAGAGUGCCAUCGUUUCAUCCUCUUAGUUUCCCACUUGGCAGAGAUAAAAGCCCUGAGAACAAACGCCGGCUGUUAUUUUUUCCACAUAUUUGUAUUAUUUUUGAGUACACUUCAAUUAGCUAAUACUUAUCGUAAGAUCAUAUUUAUCAACGUGCCUGUUAAAUGUCAGAGUAAUGCUGAAUAGUGGCACUUGCAGCUGCAUGAGUUAAUUCAUGAGCUCCAGAGGUACCUUCUGCUUUCUUGGUCAGGCAACCCAGAUGUGAGCCUGCUGCCUUAUAAGAAGGUGUCUUGGGAAAAGCUAUUUUUCUCUGAAUCUCAAUGGAUAUCAGUAUUUCUAUGAUUAGGGUCUAUAAUAUUUCUUCUAGUGCUUCUUUGCUGAACACUUGUCUUGUUCUUAUUUGGUAACUGCUGGGUGCUCUUUGACUUCAUGUAAUAUGUAUUUUAAGUCGGGUUUCCCUGUUUGACCACUAAUGGAAAGUCAUGUUCCAUAUAGAGAUUGUGCUGUUGGUCCUGAUUCAUACAACUCACUAAAUUAAAGCAACAAUCAAAAAAAAAAAAAAAAAAAAAAAAAAAAAAAAAAGAAACAGACACACAUCUUAGCAGCCUGGUAGGUUUUGAAAAAGGUCUUUAUUUACAAAAUUGAAAGUCCUUUCUGAAGGGAGAAAAUGGAAAAGAAAAAACAGCUGUAAGUUAGAUGUGAGGUAAGAGGAUUUUAAAAAGAGGGACAAAUUGUUUAAGAUAGAAAAUAAUCUCUUUUUAAAAGAGAAAGCUUGUGAAAGAUGAAAUUAUAGUUCAUAGGGAUUUCUUGUAUUUCCUAUGGAGGGAAAUAGGAGUAUUCUUGUGCUGGGAAUGUCUUAACAGCGAUAUCAAACUGUCAAAACUGGCAAAAAAGAUUUAGAAGAAAUUGCUGGAAUUAGCAAUAGAAAAUGGCAAGAGCUAGAUGAUUUUCAUGAGGACUUCCAGGUAUCAACAGUAGUGCAUUACCUGUUCCUUAAAUUCUGGGUGGUGUGAAAGGGAGAGGAGUGGGGAGUGUAGAGUACUGAUAAGAAAAGCGUCCAGAAGAUCAACAGAGGCUGGUUGGUGAUUCCAGCAAGUUGAUUAAAAUUUGAGUUUUAGAAGAGAAGGAGAACACUGGGCAUGUGAACCAAUACCACUUAAUGAGGAGAGUGGACUGCUUUCACUGGCUGGUUUAAUCAAAUCCGAGUAUUUUGGUGAGGUGGAUUUUCAAGCAGGCUUUCAGUAAGGUAUCACUGACUUGGAUGAGGCUCUUGCUGAGUGAGCAUGGUGUGGCAGUGUAGCUGCCAAAAUAGAAGAGCGGAAUUCUCCUGUGGCUUAGUAACUGGUUAAAACAGAGGAAUGGUUUUUUCAACAGAAGAAAACUGCUGCUGGAGUCUUGUAAGGACCUGCGCUGUUUAGCAUAGUCAUCCAGAGCUUGUAAACCCGAUGCGGGUGAGUUGUACAAAGAGAAAUAGCAUUUUUGUGCUGAUUUUAUAUAACUUUUGGAACAGAUCACACAAAAUCUUCAGAACCAGCAAUUUUUCCCAUACUGGAGCAUAUGUACCACAUCAGUUGAUUUUUGUAGUCAUUUUCUCAGAUUUAGUGUCCUUGAAUACAGUAUUUUAAAACAUACUGGGUUUUGGUUGUUUUUUGCAAGGCUGCCACAGCUGCGCAGUGGCAGUUUUCCAGUCAGGGUAUAUGUAAUUAGGGACGUUGUUGACAAGGCAUUCUCUGUGAAGACCUAUGACUUUGAAUUUGGCUUCCCUUUUGAUCCAGAGCUAUCCAAACCUGCCAAGUUUUGGAAGGCGUCUGGGAAGGUGCAUGGGACCAUGCAGGUGGUAGAGAUGAAGGGAGUGAGGGCCAGGAGCUGGUGGUCCCUGGUAAGCACAUAAUACGUCUGAAAUCUCAAAGAUAUGUAAUUGUGUUACUGCAUUUCAAGGUCCUGUGUUUCAUGAUUUUUCUCAGUCAAAACUGAAACUAUCAUUUGAAAGGCAUGGAGUGCUCUGCCAGCAGACCUUUGUGUGCCCCAUGGCUCUUCAGGCUUGGGUUCUAUUGGGACAGAAGUCUGAGGGAACCCAGUGUCGGGGACUGACACUGAGGGAUUUGUCUCCUUGAAUCGGAAUCGUAGGGUGUUUUUAAGGUCUCGAUGCCCACAAUCUGCCUGUGCAUUUUAAAGGGUGAGUUUGGUGCUCCAUCUUCCAGGUGAAGUCUGUGCAGGUGACCUGGUGACUUUGAACAGCAGGAUCAGAACUGUUUUAGUUCAAGUCAUAAUAUAGUUACUCCUUCAUUAAAAGGCAGUAACAGCUUUAGUUGACAGUAGUAAAAUCUGUGAUACUUCUUGCAAGCUCAUAGAAAAUUUAAAAUGCUGUUUAGGCUUGUUUAAUAAGACGCUUGAAGGAUAUGAAUGUUAAUUUGAACGCCAUCUGUUAACUGCACAUCACAAACGACGGACCAUUUUGUUGAUUAAGGAAUUUGUCCUUCCCAUUCUUGUCCUAUCUUUAUGACAGAAUUACAAAAUCAGCCAGGCUGGAAAAGACCUUUGAGAUCAUGAAGUCCAACCUAUGACCUAACAGCAUCUUGUCAACCAAUGCCAUGGCACUAAGUGCUAUUUCCAGUGUUUUCUUAUACACCUUCAGGGACAGUGACUCCACCACUCCUUGGGCAGUCCGUUCCAACGCCCAAUCACCUGUUCUGUGAAGAUGUUCUUCCUAAUGUCCAACCUGAUUAGCUGAGGAAGGAGAACAAGACCAGUGUGCCAGGGCUGAGUAUCAUGUUCCGCAUGAGGAUGGUCUCAGGAAAAGUCAUCAACAAGGACUUGCGCCACUAUCUGAGCCUUCAGUUCCAGAAGGGCUCGAUAGACCACAAACUCCAGCAAGUGAUCAGAGACAAUCUCUAUUUGAGAACCAUCCCUUGCACGACAAGGGCUCCCAGAGAUGGGGAGGUCCCUGGGGUAGACUAUAAUUUCAUUCCUGUUGAGCAGUUUAAAGCAUUGGAAGAAAGUGGAGCCUUACUAGAAAGUGGAACAUAUGAUGGUAAUUUUUAUGGUACUCCAAAGCCUCCAGCAGAGCCCAGCCCCUUUCAGCCUGAUCCAGUGGAUCAAGUUCUUUUUGACAAUGAUUUUGAUACUGAGUCGCAGAGGAAAAGAACCACAUCCGUCAGCAAAAUGCAAAGGAUGGAAAGUUCUCUCCCUGAAGAGGAGGAAGAGGAGGAAAAGGAAGCAGUUAAUGGCAGUGGAGGGAUAGAAAACAAAGAAAAACAUUCAGAUUCUCCUGACUGGAUGAAACCUGUUCCCAGCUACAACCAGACAAGCAGCAACAUGGACUUCAGAAAUUAUUUGUCGAGGGAUGAGACCCUGGAACCACUACCCAAGAACUGGGAAAUGGCUUACACGGACACUGGCAUGAUCUACUUCAUCGAUCACAACACCAAGACAACCACAUGGCUUGAUCCCCGGCUCUGUAAGAAGGCCAAAGCUCCUGAAGAUUGUGAAGAUGGAGAACUUCCUUAUGGAUGGGAGAAAAUAGAAGACCCUCAAUAUGGGACAUACUACGUUGAUCACAUUAACCAGAAAACUCAGUUUGAAAAUCCAGUAUUGGAAGCCAAAAGGAAAAAACAGCUAGGACAGACUGAUGCUGGCCCUUCCAAAUCAGGACUGGGGAGGUCUGUCUUCACUCGAGAUCCAUCCCAGCUUACUGGAGCACUUAUAAGGACAUCCCUGAAAAAAAGUACCAUGGGAUUUGGCUUCACAAUCAUCGGAGGGGACAGGCCUGACGAGUUUCUCCAGGUGAAGAAUGUGUUAAAAGAUGGACCCGCUGCACAAGAUGGAAGAAUUGCUCCAGGCGAUGUCAUCGUGGACAUAAAUGGAAGCUGUGUCCUUGGCCAUACCCAUGCAGAUGUUGUCCAAAUGUUUCAGCUCAUUCCCAUCAAUCAGUAUGUGAACAUGACUUUGUGUCGUGGAUACCCUCUUCCUGAUGACAGUGAAGACCCUGUGGUGGAUAUCGUGACGGCCACACCUGUCAUUAAUGGCCUGCCGUUGGCCAAGGGAGAUACUUCCGUGUCCAGCCAAGAUUUAGUAGCAGCAACAGUUGGGUUGGACCAGAAUGGGAAAGUGUUGGUCAACGGUCGCCUGAAUGGCCCUUCUGUGGAUUCAGCCGAGCAGAGGGUUUCCUUUGCCUCCUCAGGAGGCUCUCAGCCAGAGCUGGUCACCAUCCCUCUGGUCAAAGGGCCUAAAGGCUUUGGGUUUGCCAUUGCAGACAGUCCCACAGGCCAGAAGGUGAAGAUGAUUUUGGACAGCCAGUGGUGCCAAGGCCUACAGAAAGGGGAUGUCAUCAAGGAGAUUUGCCAUCAGAAUGUGCAGAGCUUGACCCACUUGCAGGUGGUGGAGGUGCUCAAGCAGUUUCCAGUAGGAGCAGAGGUGCCCCUGCUUAUCUUAAGAGGAGGUCCACCCUCUCCUACUAAAGCUGCCAAAGGAAAGGACAAACAGGACAGUUCUGGAAGUUUGGAAGCUGUCAGCGAUACCAUUCCACAGCCGAUGCCCUUCCCGCCCUCUGCUGUGCGACCAGGUUCUCCUAAACUAGACCCAUCCGAAGUCUACCUGAAGUCUAAGACAAUUUAUGAGGACAAACCUCCAAACACAAGAGAUUUAGAUGUUUUCCUGAGAAAACAAGAGUCAGGCUUUGGUUUCCGGGUGCUUGGUGGGGACGGACCAGAUCAACCUAUUUAUAUUGGAGCUAUAAUCCCACUGGGAGCAGCGGAAAAGGACGGGAGGCUGCGUGCAGCAGAUGAGCUGAUGUGCAUCGAUGGAGUCCCUGUGAAAGGGAAGUCACACAAGCAAGUUCUGGAUUUAAUGACCAGUGCUGCACGGAAUGGGCAGGUGCUGCUCACUGUCCGGAGAAAGAUCUUCUUCAGUGGGGAAAAGCAGGCAGAGGAGGAGGAGCCACAGCCUGUCCUGGCACAGAACGGCUCUCCUCGGCUGAACCGUGUCGACUUUGCCAACCAACCAUGCCCGGAAGUCUACGACGUCCGUCUGCAGCGGAAGGAGAACGAAGGAUUUGGCUUCGUCAUCCUCACCUCCAAGAACAAACCUCCUCCUGGAGUGAUUCCUCACAAGAUCGGUCGAGUUAUCGAGGGAAGCCCAGCUGACCAGUGUGGGAAGCUGAAGGUGGGUGACAGAAUCUCAGCGGUAAACAGCCAGUCCAUUGUGGAGCUCUCUCAUGACAGCAUUGUGCAGCUCAUCAAGGAUGCAGGCAACGUGGUCACCCUCACAGUGGUGGCUGAGGAAGAGCAACGUGGUCCUCCAUCAGGAACAAACUCAGCCAGGCAGAGCCCGGCCCCACAGCACCGACCACUGGGAUUGGCACUGAUCAACCCUGACAGGGGAGCUACAGAAGGUGAAGCCGGAAAAGAAGUUUCUAAUAGUUAUCGGCUGUCCUGGCCCGAACACAAGCACAUGGCACAGUUGGAUGCUGCUUCAGGUGUUGGCAGCCGUCAUUCCCAGAAUGCUGGCUGUUUCCCAGUGGAGUUGGAAAGGGGCCCUCGAGGGUUUGGAUUCAGCCUCCGAGGAGGAAAGGAAUACAACAUGGGCUUAUUCAUCCUCCGUCUGGCUGAGGAUGGGCCGGCAGUCAAGGAUGGGAGAGUCCAUGUUGGUGACCAAAUUGUGGAAAUUAAUGGAGAACCUACCCAAGGAAUCACUCACACACGAGCCAUUGAGCUGAUUCAGGCUGGAGGAAAUAAAGUUUUGCUGCUGCUGAGACCAGGGACUGGAUUGAUACCAGAUCACAGUGAUUGGGAUAGCUACAAUCCUGCUUCAUCAAAUGUAAUAUAUGAAGAACAGUCACCAUUAUUAUCUUCAUCUUCCCAUUCUGCUUCCCCAUCUGAAGUGUGUUAUUUAGCAGUACCAGGAGAAGCUUUAACCAGAGUUCAGCUGUCUGAGGAACUGGAACAAGCAGAGAACACUGUGCCUGACAAGUUAAGCACUUUAACUGAAAACCUGUGUGAGAGGAAGCCUCAGUCUUCUCCCCAGAGAGCAAAGAACAGAUGGGAAUGUCCCUCAAGUCCUGGGUUUGGAAUCACUAAAGGUAGUUCAGAAGCAGGGACCAGAACAGGCAGACCUGCCAGUCCAGCAAAGUCAGGGGCUGCUGAAGGAUACCCUCAAAUGGGAUUCCACAACCCCAGGAAAGGGGAUUCUGAGAAAAGCAAUCUCUCACAUAAAUCUGACAGUUCCAGGAGUGAGAGUAAAACCACAGGAAAAGAGAUGAAGAAUAGUGACAAAAAGGAGUCUUCCCAUGGAAAUCGAGGAAGGUCAGCAAGUCCCCAAAGGCAUCUCGGCAAGCCAGGAAGCACAGAAACAGUGGGAAGGAUCCAAACAUCCCGUUCUGUUGAGCAGUUGAAAGGUGGGAGUGAUAAACCAGAAGUCACCAGGAAAGAGAUGAAGCAGAAGACCCUGGGAAAGACAGAAGGGUGUUCUGCAGACCAACAUUACCUGGUGUUUGGUGGGGAUAACCUUCUCUUCAGGGACUCCAGGAGAAAUGCCUCUGAGGAUGAUUUAUUAACCAAGUCCAACUCUAGAGACGUAGGUUCCAGCAGAUUCAAAACCUCCAGCCUUUCCAAUAUCCCAUUGCUAUCCAUGGAGAAAAAAAGGAGGGCGGAAGCACAGGAAGUUCUUACGCUGAACAGACACCAUGGAGAGAGACACAUGGAGCUGCCCAAUGAAACCAAAGAUGGAACUUCCCAACUUGAGAGGAGUUCUCCAGUAAGGAAAACACUGGUAACUCCCGGGCCAUGGAGGGUCCCCAGUGGCUGUAAGGGCACCCCAGUGCCUGGAAAACAGUUGUGACUGACUGAGAGACAGUGUUUUUUAGAACAUGUUUUGGUCAAUUUUCCAGUAAGGGUAAUUUGAAGCAUUGGUUUUUCUCACACAGUUGUCUUUUUUUUUUUUUUUUUUUUUCCCUCAGAAAGUGGUUAAAGGGGGGAAAGUAUUUGAUUUGUUCUUAAAUUAUCUAAGCUCCAUGAAGGACUUUGAGAUUGCUUCAGUGAAACCCUUCCAUGAGCUGCGGUCCCCAAGUCCCUUUGCAGGCCAUGUCUGCUGCUCCCAGUGUUGCACUGCUGCAGCUUCCCUGAGUAUUGUGAACUCUGAACAAAGUUAUUGAAUGCCUCUAUUGCUAAUGUGAUCCUGACUCACCUCCUGUUCUUGUGCCAAGCUAUCUACUGUAACCAGUCAAUCUAACCCUUCCCACAUGGAUUCCAGUCAGAGACAAGGCAGGUUUGGGCUGAAGUGGGUGUUUUCUUUAGAGCAGGUUGCAUGUUUACAUCGGGAAACCCACGUGUUCUUGCUGGGUCAGGGAGAACACAGAUGAGUUGGUUCUGUCACUUCCAGGGCAGCAAAUGAGCUGCUGAUGCUGCUCAGUUCAUAUGUUUCCUGGAAUUUUUAUACCUAAUACGAAACCCUGUAGCUAAAUAUGGUAUUUGACAUUAUUUUGUAAUUUUGCUUUUUCUGACACAGCAGAAUCACUUUAGUUCCUUGAUUCACAUGGAUUUGGGUUGCAAACAUCCGUGAGAGGAAAGAAAACUCUGGGUUUUGUUAAAUAACACAAUUCCUUUGGUUUCACUCAUGGCACCGUGACACCCUCAGCCUCAGUAUGGAGGUCAUACUGAAGUCCCAUCUUUAAUUAUUUAAUGCUAGUUAGGAAUUGGGUUUUUUUCCCCCUCUGUAGAGGUAAAAACUGACCUUAGGACAGAUUCAGCUACCAGAGCAGCUUUUUCAGUGAAAUUCUUGCCUGUGUAUUUUAGAACUCUCCCCUAUUUUCUAUGGACGUGUGAUCAAGGAGUGUUGAUGACAAACAGGAUACAGGAGACACCAUCUAUAGUUUGGGCUGGCGGAGAUGUUUUAACGAGGGAUGUUACCACCAGAACCUACUGACACAUCACCCCAACGGUUGUAAGAACAAUAGAAAUGGAAGGGGUUUAUUUUAUUCACAGUUUUAGUGAUUAUUUCCUGGCAUCUGAGAUUUUCAAUGAAUGCAGAAAAGUGGUGAAAGGAGGCCCUUGGUCCAGUUUGCUGGAGAAAAGGGUAUUGAGCUUUAUGUACUUAAAAUUCAAACAUGAUAUGCUCUUUGCAAGUGAAUAUCUAUUUUGGCUUUGAAAUGUUAAAUGUUUUUGAAGGCUAACAAAGCACGGUGAGGCAGUUCUGAGUGGAAUUCUUCACAAGUACAGCUGACUGCUCAAACAGCUUUUAAACAAAGACUGUGGGAAUUCAAAAGGCUUUAAAGCAGCUCUGAACCAUGCUCACCUGCUUGACACCAGGUGAGCCACUGACACAGGGUUGCUGCGUAGCAUAAAAUGUACGAAUACUCCCUGAGUGGAAUAUGACUGUGAAAUAUUUAAUACUCUGAAGUAGCCUGUGUAGAUAUUGCUCUGUGUUCUUCCCCUGAGGUUGGUUGAUGUUGAGCUGUGUACACUUGGCCUGACCACUGAGUACAGUGACAAGUCCAGUCCUUUAAUUCCAGAUGAAAUAGCCCCACUGAAACGAUUUCCCUGCCAUCAAUUCCUCUCUAUUUUUCUAUAUGUUCAUGUGACCUGAUAAUGUCUUACCUGUAUGUGAUUUCUCCUUCCAUAACCCUUGUAUCCGUACUUCCUGUAUCAGACUUAGCCAUGUGGCCUUGGAAUGCUACGCAAUGUAUGGAUGUACUGGGUGUAAAUGUUUAUAUAUUGUACAGCACCUUUAUACAGACUUCUGAGGUUCUGACUAGAGACCUGUAAAUCGCUCAUUAUUUUUUAUAUAUAUAUUAAAAACAAACUCCAGUUCA